CCUUAAUCUUGACUACAUAGAUAUUUUUUUUGCUUUCUUUAUAUAUUAAAGAAGAACAGGGCUUUAUUAUCACUCUUUGUACCACAACUCAUUCAUGGAGCACUCUACUCAACAAGUGGAGCUGCAAAUCCCAGAGAGCGAUCCUUGUUGUAUUAAUCAUGAAUUUUGUGGUGUAUGGCACAAAGAAUCAAGCAGGCAAAUAUCAGAAGAUGAUAAUACAAAUACAAAUCAGCAGCAGCAAAUUCCAAGAAGAUCAAGUAAACACUAUGGAUGGUGGUUUAGAAUAUUUUUAUACAUCAUUUUUCUACUUGUUGGUCAAUCUGCAGCUACACUAUUAGGAAGAUUUUACUAUGAUGAAGGUGGAAAUAGUAAAUGGAUGGCCACAUUUGUUCAAUCAGCUGGUUUCCCAAUCUUGAUUCCUCUCUUCUUUUUCUAUAAAUCUUCCAAAAAAAUCGCCUCUUCAUCGCGCGAAAAGCCAUCAAGAUCUUCCCUUUUUCUCAUCUAUGUGUUUUUUGGCCUAUUAUUAGCAGGUGACAAUUUGAUGUAUUCAUAUGGGCUAUUGUAUCUUCCUGUCUCAACUUACUCCCUCAUUUGUGCAUCACAAUUGGCCUUCAAUUGCCUUUUUUCGCUCCUGCUAAACGCGCAAAAGUUCACAGCUUUAAUACUCAACUCUGUUGUGAUUGUCACAAUCUCAGCUGCACUACUAGCAGUUCACUCAGAAUCUGACACUAGUACGAAAUUAUCAGUUGGGAAAUACGUGAUUGGAUUCGUAUGCACGGUGGCUGCAUCAGCAACUUACGCGUUAUACCUCUCUUUAUUAGAAGUAACCUUCAAAAGGGUGAUCAAAAGUGAGACAUUUGACACAAUCUUGAAAAUGCAAAUUUUUCCUUCAUUCAUAGCAAGUUGUUGUUGUGUUGUGGGGCUAUACGCGAGCGGAGAAAUAAGAAAUUUGACAACAGAGAUGAAUGGUUUUUACAAGGGCGAAAUUUCGUAUUUGAUGACAUUGGUAUGGACUGCUGUGCUUUGGCAAAUUUGUUGUAUUGGUUUGUUAGGAUUGAUCUUUGAGGUGUCUUCUCUGUUUUCAAAUGUGAUGAGUACUUUGGGUUUGCCUACUGUGCCAGUAUUUGCUGUGAUUUUCUAUCAUGAUAAAAUGGACGGUGAAAAAGUCAUUGCAUUGUUGCUUGCUCUUUGGGGAUUUCUUUCUUAUGUGUAUCAGAAUUAUCUUGAUGAUUCCAAAGCCAAAUCUUCUAAAUCUGAAGCCACUAUUACUCAUUGAGAAUUCUAUAGAUAGCUAAAAGCAUAGAGCGGGCGUACUACACUCUCACACUCCUUCUAUCCAAGAAGCUGAAGCGGAAGGAAAAGCGUAAUUCUCUAAUGUCAUAGUUUACAUUGUAUUUGAAUUAAAUAAUGUCAGUUUUAGAAUAGUGAUAUCUAUGUAGUAUGUGAUUUUAAAAUAUGAUAUUUUUUUUAAUUAUUUGACUCUCAUAACUGUGAAAAUAGAGUAUGCACUCUUGUGUGAUGAAUUCAAGAAAGCAAAAUUUAUAUUCUAAGGAUGCAUUUUACAAUA